AUGCCGCCGAAGCAACAGUCGUCGCAGCGGCGCACCACGCAGUCGCAAAACGAAGCGGUCUACGAUUUAGGAAAACAGGGAAGGAAAACGGGUCUUACGCUUGCAGAGCGCGAACGCGACGAACAUGGCUUUGAAAAUGUCGAUGCACUAUUUUCAUCGCCCGAGAAAGACGUCAAUAACGUCACGGUCAAUGGAAUUAAUAGACGGGGCCAUGACGAGAUCGACGAGGAACAGACUAUGGAAAUCGACGAUGAAUCUCAAAUGGGACCAGCUACAAUCAUGAGGCAGCGUCACAAUCGCCCCUCGCUACCACGCGCCAGAUCUCCUCUAAAGACACACUUACAGUCACCAGCACGCCAAAAUCCGCACCUAGGGCCUACUUCCUCGCCUGCUCGAGGUUCUAUCGUCACCGCACCCGAACAUAGCGCUUCAAAAACGGUCAACCGAAGACUAGACUUUUCCAAGGGUCCUCAAAGUAGAUUGAACCCUCAAGUAAAUGGCGCCUCGAAAGUGAACGGCGCGAAAGGCCGGCCUGGAAAACUUACCAAUGGUCAUUCUCGAACCCAAGAUUCUGACGAGGAAGACGAUGCUAUUUUAAGGGGCAGACGAAACCCACCUCUGGAGGAAGAAGGGGAUGAAGAGCAAGACGAAGGCCUGGAGGAGUAUAUGCAAGGUGUUGAUGCUGGCGGCGACUACAUGGAUUUAGAAGAAGAUCAAGACGACGCUCCUAUAGAACCCGAGCCAGAGCCGGAGCCUGAAGAAGAGGAACUAGAGCCUACCCCACCGACUAAGAAGCGCAGAGGCCGCAAACCAAAGUCACCUGUUGUUGUACAAGAGGAAGAGGGAGAUUCUUCAACAGCGUCUGCGCGAAGUAUAGAAGCCGAAGUUCAGCCCGCCAAAAAGCAACGCGGACGUCCGGCGAAGGGAGCACAGUCGAAGAAAUCACCAGAACCCGCGGAACAACCUACUAAGCGAAGAAGAUCCGAAAGAAAUUCAGGGAGCAGCAACGUCGAGGAACAAGGAGAAGAAGAACAGGAGAACAAUGUCGAAGAGAGGGAGACAAAGCGCCAACGAAACGACAAGAAAGAGGCUAAGGCUGCUUUGUCGAAGCCAACCGCAACAAAGGAGAAAGGGAAGCCAGGUCGCAAAAGGAAAUCAUCUGGAAUAGGUGUCGACGAACCCGUCGUCCAACGCGGUCCUCCUCUUCCCAAAGGUCGCGGACUCGUCACAUUACAUCGCGAAGAGGAAGAUAACAUGCGCACUACACGAUCAGGCCGUCACUCUUACCGGCCCAUACAAUAUUGGAAGGGUGAACGUGUCAUAUACGAUGAUGCGGGACAGGAUAUCUUCGAAGACAAGAAACAGCGUUUCGUAAUACCAAGCGUAGCAGGCGUCAUACGCAAAACCGAUAGCUAUACCGAACCACGAAAACGUCGUCCCGGACGCCCUUCCAAGGGAGGCGCAAAGAAGGGUCGCCCAUCCGUAAUAGAAGAGGAAGAUGUGGAGCGCGACGACUGGGAGUACGACCCCGGGCGCGUGACCGGCGAAUGUAUAUUCUGGCAGCCGGACCAAGAAGCCCAACCGGAUGACGGGGAUUUGGUGGUGGCAGAGGAAGAGCUGGCGAUAUCGGAGGCGGCCAUACAGCUCAAGGAUAUCAAGGACGCGACGUUUCGGUUUGCUAAGACGCUGACGAUGCCGUUCUUCGGAUCGGGUAUCGUGGAUAUGCCACCCGGGGCGGAAAAGCGGACGAAGAACUCGCGGAAGAUGCAGAUGGUUUUCUUCGUGCACUCCGGUAGUGUGGAGGUUACGGUCGCGCAGACGGAGUUUAGGAUCGGCAAGGGUGGCAUGUGGUUCGUUCCUAGAGGAAACCACUACAGUAUAUUAAACGACAGCCCCAUACCAGCACGAAUCUUCUUCGCGCAAGGCUGCGAGAUGGCCGCUAUGCCGGAAGGCUUCGAAGGGACGCAAGAAUAG